UUGGCAUGCUGUUAUUGUACAUCUCUUUUCUCAAGACAUUUUCGAGCAUUCAGGAUAAAGAAAAAAAAUAGCAGUAAAGUGGUAAGCUGUAUAGGACCUGUAGUAAAGCUAAACAGAAGAGAGAAAGUUUUAAGUACACGAGUAUGUUUUUACACUAAUGGUUUUGUCAGAUCGAUGUGUAUGAUACGUCAAGGCGGGAGUGUGAUUUUUGUGACCGUUAGUUUAUUAAUGAGGAUGGAUUUUAAAUGAUAGCUAUCAUUGAGAUUUUUAUUUUACUACUCGCAAACUCUGUUGAGAUUUGUUAUUCGCGAACAAUUCGCGACUUUAGACGAGAACAAACGGACGAGCGUCUCGAUGUUAUAACGAAACAGUCAAAAUGGAAGAGCAGAGCGUACACAGCAGUAUCAGUGAUAUAAAUAGUGAGGAAGCCACGAAGUCCGAACCAAUAAUCCUUCCAAGAAAAAAAAGAAUAUGUUUAGUUGGAAUAGCCAGUAGUGAUCCAAUACUUGAAACAGCAGCUUAUCAAUUUAAUGUUCCUGUUCUUAAAUCUGACACUGGAGUAGAAUAUGUCGACGAUACAACUUAUUGUACCUAUUUUGUUCUCAAGCAUUUCGAAGGAUCCGAAUAUGAAGUUUUACACAAAAGCCCACACAGAAUAUUGGGACCAACUGCACUUGUACAGUUGGCAGAAAGGAAGGAAUCUCUACCCAGUAUCAACAGACCCAUGUACACAAGAGCUAUGCUCGGAACAGUUGUAGUGUUUACUGGAUUCAGAAAAAAAGAUGAAUUGACAAGGCUCAUCAAUAUGAUUCACAGUAUGGGAGGCAGUAUUAGAAAAGAUAUGGGUGCAAAAGUGACUCACCUCAUUGCAAAUUGCUGUGGUGGUGAUAAAUACAGAUAUGCUGUUACCUUUCGGGUACCUAUCAUGUCUAUGAAUUGGGUAAUAGCACUCUGGGAUGCUAAAAAUGAUGUGACGAGCUAUGCAAAUAAUGAAAAUAUGAUUGCACAGUAUAAGUUGAAACCCUUUUUUGGUGCAAAAGUAUGUUUCUUUGGCUUCCCUGAUGAUGAAAAGAGGCAUAUGUGUGAAGUUCUUCAACAGCAAGGGGGAGAACCAACAGAGAUUGAUGAUCCUGAAUGCACCCACGUAGUUACUGAUUUUAACAACAAGCGCACAAAAAAUGGUGAAACUAAGGCUCCUAGAAUACAAUCUUCUAAUUACUCUAAUACUAAAUCUAUCCCUUCACCACCCAAGUCUUCCCCUUUAUUAAAUCAAACAUUCAUUCUUAGUCCAUCUGAUAAAGAAAGUCCGCGAUUAAUUCUAAAUAAUAGUAAUAAUAAUGAUGAUGAUGAUGAUGAUGAUGAUGAUGAUGAGUCUUCUAAAAGUCAAUUUAAUAGCAUAACUUCAUUAAUGACGUUGGGUUCUGUUAUGAAUAUUGAUAGAGAUACUGCGGGAGUCAGUAGUUUUUAUAGAAAUACAAGUCAAGAUUCAGCUAUUUUUAUGGAUUAUUUCUCUUCUAAUUCAGAACAACCUCACUCGUUUAACGAAUCUGAUAUGCUUAAUGAACGCAAUAAUUUUUUAUCUUCAACUAAAAUUUUACAAAAUAUAAAUAAUUUAAAAAAUAAUUAUUUUAAAAAACCUCUAUCAAUUAAUGAUAAUAAUUUAUUCAAAAAAAAACAUAUAAUACCGAGACGUUAUCUUAAAUGGAAAAAAUCUAAAUCAUGUUUUACAUUACCAUCAUUCACGGCAACUGCAAAUCAAUCCCAAAGCUUGAAAAAGCAAUGUUCGAAUACAUCAUUAAAACAAGAAGAAAAUAUUGACGAAUAUUUAUGCAAAGAAAUGAAUCAGAAAAUGAAAAAACAUCAAUCUAGACUAUCAAUUUCAAAAUAUCCAUAUUAUUAUCAAUCUGCUCCUUCUUUUUCUUCAUCAUCGUCAUCAAUACACGAUAUGACAUUUCCUCUUUCAUUUAAACAAUGCUCCACGCAAAUUAGUCCACAUACUAUCAAUGACUUUAAGAUCAAGCGACGCUCUCUAUCAUGUAGCUUCUUCUCUACUCAAUCUAAAUCAACACGGUUGUCACUGCCAAAUCUACCUAGGUAUCCAAAAGGCUUAAUACGUGAUAUAUCUGCUUCUGUUGAUUUUAAAUCUAAUUUACAAAAAGAAAAAUACUUCAAGAUUAAACAACGGAAGGACGCGCCAUCUUUGAUGGUUGUCGACGAGUCAAACGUGAAUACUUUGCCGGAUUUGGCGGCAAUGCGAGCCUUCAUAGUUAAGGCUGAGUGGUUUUGGACGUCAGUUCAAAACGAAGGGGCUGCUGAUGAGAAAGAAUACUUAUUUGAAGAUUACUUGGAGUCAAUAUUGUCACCGAGCGCAACUGUCAAAAAAGACAAUCAGCAAACUGCAACACCUACUACGGCAUCGACUAGACGGAAACGCAAACGUCUUGCUGACACACUGUCGAGCCUUGUACAAAACGGCACCGAUUCGCCGGCUGUUCACAAAAGAAGAUCUAGCAUCAGCGAUGCAGGUCACCUGAGUGUUAGUGGAAGCUUCUUAGAUUGCACUGCAAGUCCUGACAAGCAAAUGUUGGAUGAUAUUCCAGAAGUAGAAGCUGUAACAGCAGAAUCUACCCGGAAAAACUUAUCUCCUCGGCAUCAAGUGUUUUUGGAGUUAGUGCAAACAGAGUCCAACUACGUUGGUAUUUUAAGUACAAUAAUGACAUUAUUCAAAUCACCAUUGGAAGAUUAUAUUGAAACGAGUAAUGAAUUAUUGAACAGUACAGAAGCUAAAAUAAUUUUUGGAAAUUUCCCGCCAAUUUAUGAGGUGCAUAAAAAAAUGUUGGAAGAACUACGAUACAGUGCAGCACACUGGGCAGAAGAUAUCAGUAUAGGAAAUAUAUUUUUGAAAUACGCUCCAGACUUAGUAAAAGCUUACCCGCCAUACGUUAAUUUCUUUGAAAAUACUAAAGAAAUGCUAGAUCAAUGUGAUCAAAAUAAACCUCGAUUUCAUGCGUUUUUAAAAAUUUGCCAAACAAAACCAGAAUGUGGUAGACAGAGCCUUAAAGAAUUAAUGAUAAAACCUGUGCAACGACUUCCCAGUAUUAGCUUAUUAUUAACUGAUAUUCUUAAACAUACAAGUAAGAAUAAUUCAGACCAUGGUGCCUUGGAACUAUCAAUCAGUAGUAUUAAAGAGGUGAUGACGUAUAUAAAUGAAGACAAGAGAAAAACAGAAGGUCAACUUGUGAUGUUUGAUAUUUUCAAUGAAAUAGACAACUGUCCACCUCAUUUAGUAUCUUCACAUCGAUCAUUUAUUGGAAAGUGUGAUGUUAUGGAGCUAGGUGAAGGAUUAAGUGGUCGUGGAGAUCAUUUGGUAUUAUUUUUAUUUACUGAUACUUUGGAGAUAUGUAAAAAACGUUCAAAAGCUUUUAAUUCUUUAAAAAGCCCUAAUAUGGCUAAUGGACUUCACACAGUUAAACUUAAUCAGGGUAAACCUUACAAACACAUUAAAAUGCUGUCAUUAAGUACAAUAAAGAAGGUUGUCGACAUUCGUGAAACUGAUGAAUGUCAAAAAGUAUUUGCUUUAAUGGUACGGAAUAAUCAAGAAUUAAAGGAAAAGUUGUAUUCAUUUACAAUAACAGAUGAAGAAAUAAAUAAAAGUAACUAUUUGCGAACAUUAUGCAGACAAAUGGCGAAUACAGUUUGCAAAGCUGAUGCUGAUACAUUUUUAAUUAGUCUUGACUCUCAUCAGCUUGAAAUUGAUACCAGUGACGUCGCUUUGGGGACAUUGAGUAAAGCAUUUAAGAGCCUAUUUUAUAAUUUUUACCUGGAGUAUAUGGAUCCAUUUGCAUCACGUACGAGAAUGAAAGUUGGCAGAGCAUUCAGCUUCAACAAAACUCCAAGCAAAUUGAAAAGAGCAAUGUCCACAAUGAUGUCACCAUUCGGCUCAACGAACAGCCUUACUCCAGCGAGCCAGCAACUUGCCCAAAUGCGUCUAGCCAGUUGCAACAAUAUUAACGAUGACUAUCGUCAUCUUACACGAAUUAGGCAAUAAUGGCACGGAUUCGCCUUCCAGAGAAGAUGUACUCGUAGCUCCAAUGUCAGUUCAACCCACUCGAAAGGCAAAAUGCAGUUCUCUAAGUAUGGCAUCGUUAAGGAGGUUGUAAUUUAUUUUAAACCAUAAAAUUAUAUUUCUAAAAUCAUCAUAUAUCACAAAUAAUAUGAUCGAAAGUCAAUAUCAUUCGUCCAUUCUACAUUCGCUAUUAUUUAAAUUAAGUUAAUGCUUUGAACAUUUUAAUCCUGAUCGUGUGUGUGUUCUAUGUUUAAAAAAAGAUAUAUAUUUUUUUUAUUCAUAAACGUCAGACAUUUGUAAAGACUAAUUACAAGACUUGAAAUAUUCCCAUCAGUUUCUGACUUGUAUUAGAAUUAACUCUAAGUUAAUUCUGCUUGAAAUUUAAUACUGUUGUGAAUAUUCCGUGAAUUGUGUUUCUUUAAUCAUGUUUAAUUUUAAAUGCGCUCAAAAGGCAUUCAUUAAUUGACAAUAUUAGUGCCUUACUUUUUAAAUUUAUAUUAUAGACUUAAGAUUAGAUUAAGCUUUGAUUGAGAAUUACAUCAUAAUUCACAUUAUAAAUGCCAAGUAAUAAUUUAUUAAUAAUUAACAACUCUUUGCUUCCAAAACUGUUUAAUAAUCAAUCUUAUCAAUUUAUACUACACUAAUAUUCAAUCGUAUUUAUAGUUAAUGCUCAAACGAGAUGAAUGAUUUGUUUAACAUGAGUUCUUUAUUCAUCAACCCUCGUUUUUAUUUAUU